GUCAGUGUCUGGUUGAGGUGUGCGAAAUGUUGUGGUGACCUUUUAUUUUAGUUAGAAAGUUAUUAAACUAAUUUUAAAGUUAUAGAAAGGACUUAAAAAUGUAUAUAAAAUGGUUUAUUUUACUUGCAGUGAUAGCACAAGACUGUUCGUCACAGGAUGAGGAUGGGCCUUACAGAGGGAAAUACAUUGGGAAACUAAAUUCCUAUCACCACCAGGUAUCUGGCGAAGUGUAUGCAGUGGAUGAGUGGACCAUCAUACUUGUGAACUUCAACUACGAUGGCACAGGGGACGACACCUUCUUCUGGGCCGGAGAUGCAGGCCGGCCGGGACCACAGGGCUUUAUCGUGCCCGAUGAACAUGGCAAAACGAACAUCCUGGAGCGCUACUACAACCAGGACGUUCGGCUAACGCUGCCGGAAGGCAAGCGAAUCUCGCGCAUCAAGUGGCUGGCCGUCUACGACAUCGCCAGCCAGAACGCCUUCGGGGACGUCUACGUGCCCGACGACUUCGAAUCGCCCGCGCCGCGUACCAUCGGCCCGCUGGUCGGGGAGCGAGCGGUGUCUAGCGAGUCGGUGCUCAUAGCUGAUGCCAGUACUAUCAUUAUCCCUGAAUUCAAAUAUGACGGCACCGGCGAGGAGGUUUACUUCUGGACAGGAGUGGGCCCGCAGCCUUCGUCGAGAGGGAUCAAGAUACCUGAUGAUUAUGGCUACCUGGAGCCGCUACGAGCCUACAAGGGCGAAGAUGUUCGUCUAACCUUACCGGGCGGGCGCACAGUGUUCGACAUCAAGUGGCUGUCGGUGUACGACUUGGGCGCGGCGCGAUCGCUGGCCGCCGUGUUGGUGCCCGACGCACUAAACGUGCCGCCUGCGCCGUUAGCACUGCACCCCUACAGAACAAAUCUGCCACACUGUAAGCAGCUGCAUCGAGAUUACCAAGUCUCCUGGGAGAAAUUCGGCAACCAAAUCACCAUCGAACUAGCAGCCCGGAUCGAUGAAAACGAAUACAUGGGCUUCGGCAUCUCGGGCAGCGACAGCAAGACGCAGAUGCUCGGCGCCGACCUCGCCGUCGCCUACUACGACGCUAAGAUGCAGCGCGCGCUCGCUACUGACUACAACGUCACCGCUAUAGCGCCGUGCGUGCAAGUGCUGGGCCAGUGGCGCGGCGUGUGCCGCGACGAGCUGCUGGGCGGGCUGGACUCCAACCAGGUGUUCUCGGGCGAGUACGCCGACGGGCUCGCGCGCGUGUCCUACCGCCGCGUGCUCAAGCCCUUCGAGGAGCUGGACCGCGAGUGGGUGGUGGACAAGCCGGUGUACGUGGUGUGGGCACUCGGCGCGCGCGACGCCGACAACGAGCCCGCCUUCCACCGCCUACACCCUGCCAGGGAUAUCAUGCUCAAUCUGGACCAGAACCCGCCCGUUAACGACUGCUACAACUUCACUGUCGGGUCCAGCACAGCGCCCACGCCCUGGGAAGUGGCGGAACUCUUCGACCCGUCGCUCCGCGUGUUCACGUUCCGUCUGGGCCGGCGCGGGUCCAGCACAGCCCCUACCCCCUGGGAAGUGGCCGAGCUAUUCGACCCGUCGCUCCGCGUGUUCACGUUCCGGCUCGGGCCGGCGGCGGGCGCGCACGGUGGUUCCAACACGGCCCCUACGCCCUGGGAAGUGGCCGAGCUGUUCGACCCGUCGCUCCGCGUGUUCACGUUCCGUCUGGGCCGGCGCGGGUCAAGCACAGCCCCUACACCCUGGGAAGUGGCUGAGCUGUUCGACCCGUCGCUCCGCGUGUUCACGUUCCGCCUCGGGCCGGCGGCGGGCGCGCACGGCGGGUCCAGCACAGCGCCCACGCCCUGGGAAGUGGCGGAACUCUUCGACCCGUCGCUCCGCGUGUUCACGUUCCGGCUCGGGCCGGCGGCGGGCGCGCGCGGGCUGGCGGGGCGGGGGCGGGCGGCGCCGGCGCUGGCGUGGUACGUCAACGGCCAGCUCGCGCCCGACCUGCAGCUGCGGCGCGGACUCAAGUACAGCUUCAAGGUGUACGGCGGCAACAACCCGCACUCGGCGACGGAGUACCACCCGCUGAUCGUGACGGUGUCGCCGCUCGGAGGCCUGGAGCGGCUGCCCGACGCCGAGCAGCGCGCCGCGCGCGUGCUCGCCGGCGUGCACUACCCGCGCCGCGGCCGCCUCGCGCCCACCGCCGCGGGCCCGCUGUGCAUCGGGCGGCACGCGGCGGGCGCGGACCGGCGGCGUGACGCGGACUACGCCACCUUCCGCGCCUUCAACCGCUCGCUGCAGUGGGACUGCCCGCCCGCCGCGCCCGCCGAACUAUUGGUCGCGCCCAACUCGUCUUGGCCAGACAUCGUCUACUACAACUCCUUCACGCACGCGGGCAUGGGCGGGCGCAUCUUCGUGGUGGACCGCCACCGCCGCAACCUGGCGCGCCGGCCCGCCUCGUCCGCACAACGAGCGUUCCCGCUGGAUACAUCCAUUAUGUUGGUGCUCGCCGCCGCCGCCGUCACGCUGUGGAGGCUGCACUAGCGACGUGACGUCAACAUCUCUCGAGCGUGGGAAGAAGGUAUUUGACACCGAUCAAUUGACGUACUUUUUAUGAACUGUCAAAACGAGACUCUUUUUGUAGGGCGAUACGAGCCGAUUGCGUCACUAUUUUGCCAACUCAAUUGACUAACUUUUUAUCAAUCAACCAAAAAAUCUUAAUUUACAGUUGAUUUUAAAUUAAGCUUUUGAGACUAGAAUGAAGUGUAAUAUUUUAAACUAUUAUGUUGCAUUUUUACUAUAAAAUUAUCACUUCACGGGAUUUAUUGCAAUAAUUACAAUUUACCGUUAAAAUAGAUAUAUUGUUGCGAUAAAUCCCGUGAAGUGAUAAUUUUAUAGAAUGAAGUGUUUUUAAAAAAGUUGUACUUUAGAAUUAUUGGUGAAUAGUGUCAAUACCCGAUUCUUAAGCGAAACAUAAUUCUAUUAAGGAAACCGAGGCGUAAUGUUCCACCCCUAUGUGUUCCUAGGCAAAGUCUACACGACUUAUCAGUAAAAAAAAUCGAAGAACGGAAACAAACUUUGCUAGCAUCAAUUUUAAAUGUGAUGAUGACGUACUUAAAGUACAUUUUAUACUAAUCUAAGUAGAACGAAAAAUAAUUUUACAGAUCAUAUUUCAAUUUAUACAUUUGACUUUUUACUGCCACUACGAUGCAUUUAGCUGAGAGUUAAAACUUUAAUCAAAUCAUUUUUUUUAAUUGACUCAAGAAAAAUGUAUGCAUAAAAAAAACUACUAAGUAGUGACUGCUGUUCCAUCCGCAACACAUUCCUAUGUCCUGGAAACUUUUCCGUCCAUUUUAAAUCAUUCCAGACGCGCUUAACAUAAGUUAUUUUUAAGACUGUGUCACACACAUCACUACUGUACAAUGCUCAAAUUAUACCUACUAUUUUCAUUUCUAUACUUUGUCAUAAUUUUUGAAAUUAUGAUACUUUUUACAAUACUUUUACAAUUUAUUUUUCCAAUAACAAUAUGUAUGAAUCUCAAAUGACAGACUGAAACAUUUUAACCUCAGAAUAAUCCUAUGCACUGCUUUAAAUAAUCUACCAGCUAGGCAGCUAUACGAAAUAACUAUACAAAUUGCAUACCACAAUACUCGCUGCAAGUCGUCUUAUAUUGUAAAAUAGAAGAUCUCUUUGUUUUUGAAUGUUUUAGUUAUUUAUUUUAAGGCAACUAUUUUGUAUAUAAAAGGUACGUAAAUAAAAGAUGAAAUGUA